GCUAGCAACUCAAAUAGAUACUUGUUUUCGGGGCUUAAAAAGUGCAGCUGAUGCGGAUGUAAAGCAAAUAUUACAAGGAGUUAUAGAUACAACACUCUGUUAUAGAUACAACAACACAACAGCGGAACGGGGGGAAGUCCCAGGAACGGCAGGCGGUGCGAGCGAGAGGCAGCUGGGAAAGGGAGUGCGAGUGCGAGUGAGAGGGGCGCUGGGGGCAGUUCUUGUUCUUGUAAUUUUACCAAAAAGAAAUUUCGUUCGGGAAAUGUGGAAAAUGUGCGCGAGGAGAGAUGAUGGUGGAGAAAACAACCCCGAAAAGCGAGCAAUCGUCGAAUAAAUACCAACAAAAACUUACACUGCGCGGCUGAUUAAUGAAAUCCAAAAAAAUAUAAAAACCAAAUACACGACGAAUGAUACAAAUAAAAAAAAAGCAAAGCGUUAGAAAGAAAGUGUGAGAACGUGAAAUCAAAACUUCGAAUCAGAAUUUGGAUUGUAAAUUUUCGGGUCGUUGCGACUGGGAGAUAAACACAAAGGCAGAUAAAUACGGAAAUAAAAUUAAUGGAAAACCAGCAUAGCCAUACGUGUGUGGGUGUGUGAGUGUCCAAGUGUGUGUGACACAGUGUGUGUGUGUGUGUGUGUGCUUAUCGCAUGGAAAUGCAAGCGUAAGUGGAGCAGGCGAGAAAUAAUUUCGAAUUUUGGACAGAUAAAAAGCAAGUAAAGCCCAUAAAUGCCUAGCCAUAAUGCCUAAUGCCCAAUGCCGCCACGCCUACAUAUGUAACAGCUGCCCACAUUUCGUUAACCCACAUAUGUAUCUCCUAUCUAUCCUAUCACCUAUCAUGCAUCGCAGGACCCAAAAAAAACAACGCCAAAAUGAUCGCCGCUGCAUUGGGUCAUCUGUAGAGUCGUCAUUGCAACAGCACCACCACCGCCACCACCACCAUAAAAUGCAUCCCAUGCAUCCCGAAAACCACGCCAUCGCCCGGAGCACGAGCACCACUAACAACCCAUCUCGCAGUCGGAGCAGCAGGAUGUGGCUCCUGCCCGCCUGGCUGCUCCUCGUCCUGCUGGCCAGCACUGGCCUGCCAACAGCCAGAGGCCAGUACCAAUCGCCGCGCAUCAUCGAGCAUCCCACGGAUCUGGUCGUCAAGAAGAAUGAGCCCGCCACGCUCAACUGCAAAGUGGAGGGCAAGCCGGAACCCACCAUCGAGUGGUUUAAGGAUGGCGAACCCGUCAACACGAACGAAAAGAAAUCGCACCGCGUCCAGUUCAAGGACGGCGCCCUCUUCUUCUACAGGACAAUGCAGGGCAAGAAGGAGCAGGACGGCGGCGAGUACUGGUGCGUGGCCAAGAACCGAGUGGGCCAGGCCGUUAGUCGUCAUGCCUCGCUCCAGAUAGCUGUUUUGCGCGACGAUUUUCGCGUGGAGCCCAAAGACACGCGAGUGGCCAAAGGCGAGACGGCUCUGCUGGAGUGUGGGCCGCCCAAAGGCAUUCCAGAGCCAACGCUUAUUUGGAUAAAGGACGGCGUUCCCUUGGACGACCUGAAAGCCAUGUCGUUUGGCGCCAGCUCCCGCGUUCGCAUUGUGGAUGGUGGCAACCUGCUGAUCAGCAAUGUGGAGCCCAUCGAUGAGGGCAACUACAAGUGCAUUGCCCAGAAUCUGGUGGGCACCCGCGAGAGCAGCUAUGCCAAGCUGAUUGUCCAGGUCAAGCCCUACUUCAUGAAGGAGCCCAAGGAUCAGGUGAUGCUCUACGGCCAAACGGCCACCUUCCACUGUUCGGUGGGCGGUGAUCCGCCGCCGAAAGUGCUGUGGAAAAAGGAGGAGGGCAAUAUUCCAGUGUCCAGAGCGCGAAUCCUUCACGACGAGAAAAGCCUGGAGAUAUCCAACAUUACGCCCACCGAUGAGGGCACCUACGUCUGCGAGGCACACAACAAUGUGGGUCAGAUCAGCGCAAGAGCUGCCCUAACAGUCCACGCUCCGCCCAACUUUACGAAAAGACCCAGCAACAAGAAAGUGGGACUAAAUGGCGUUGUGCAACUGCCUUGCAUGGCCUCCGGAAAUCCUCCGCCGUCUGUUUUCUGGACCAAGGAAGGACUAUCGACACUCAUGUUCCCAAACAGCUCGCACGGCAGGCAGCAUGUGGCCGCCGAUGGAACCCUACAGAUUACGGAUGUGCGGCAGGAAGACGAGGGCUACUAUGUGUGUUCCGCUUUCAGUGUCGUCGAUUCCUCCACGGUUCGUGUGUUCCUGCAAGUCAGCUCGGUGGACGAGCGUCCUCCUCCGAUCAUUCAAAUAGGUCCUGCCAAUCAGACGCUGCCCAAAGGAUCAGUGGCAACAUUGCCCUGCCGCGCCACUGGGAAUCCCAGUCCCCGUAUCAAGUGGUUCCACAAUGGACAUGCCGUACAAGCGGGCAAUCGAAACAGCAUCAUCCAAGGCAGCUCACUGAGAGUCGAUGACCUUCAACUUAGUGACUCUGGUACCUACACCUGCACUGCAUCCGGCGAACGAGGAGAAACCUCCUGGGCAGCCACACUAACGGUCGAGAAACCCGGUGCUACGUCUCUUCACCGGGCAGCUGAUCCUAGCACUUAUCCUGCCCCUCCAGGAACACCCAAAGUCCUGAAUGUCAGCCGCACCAGCAUCAGUCUGCGUUGGGCCAAAAGCCAAGAGAAACCCGGAGCUGUGGGCCCCAUUAUUGGAUACACUGUAGAGUACUUCAGUCCGGAUCUGCAAACUGGUUGGAUUGUGGCUGCCCAUCGAGUGGGCGACACUCAAGUCACUAUCACGGAGCUCACUCCUGGCACUUCGUAUGUGUUCCUGGUUAGAGCUGAGAACACUCAGGGCAUUUCGGUGCCCUCCGGCCUAUCAAAUGCUAUUAAAACCAUUGAGGCGGACUUCGAUGCAGCUUCUGCCAAUGAUUUGUCAGCAGCUCGAACUUUGCUGACAGGAAAGUCUGUGGAGCUAAUAGAUGCAUCGGCUAUUAAUGCGAGUGCCGUGAGACUUGAGUGGAUGCUCCAUGUGAGCGCAGAUGAGAAAUACGUAGAGGGCCUGCGCAUACACUAUAAGGAUGCCAGUGUAGCAUCCGCACAGUAUCACUCGAUCACUGUUAUGGAUGUCUCUGCAGAAUCGUUCGUGGUGGGAAACCUUAAGAAGUACACCAAGUAUGAGUUCUUCCUAACACCCUUCUUUGAGACCAUCGAAGGACAGCCCAGCAACUCCAAGACAGCCCUCACCUAUGAAGAUGUUCCGUCCGCACCACCGGAUAACAUUCAGAUUGGCAUGUACAACCAAACCGCCGGUUGGGUGCGUUGGACUCCGCCACCCUCACAGCACCACAAUGGCAAUUUGUAUGGCUACAAGAUUGAGGUCAGCGCCGGGAACACCAUGAAGGUGCUGGCCAAUAUGACGCUCAAUGCCACCACCACAUCUGUGCUCCUCAACAACCUAACCACCGGAGCUGUCUACAGUGUAAGGUUGAACUCCUUUACCAAGGCGGGAGAUGGACCUUAUUCCAAACCGAUAUCAUUAUUCAUGGACCCCACCCACCAUGUGCAUCCGCCACGUGCACAUCCGAGCGGCACCCACGAUGGCCGUCAUGAGGGACAGGAUCUCACGUACCACAACAAUGGCAACAUACCGCCCAGCGACAUUAACCCCACCACUCACAGAAAAACCACUGACUACCUGUCUGGACCCUGGCUAAUGGUGCUAGUCUGCAUCGUACUCCUAGUCCUGGUUAUUUCGGCGGCCAUUUCGAUGGUCUACUUCAAGCGGAAGCAUGAAAUGACCAAGGAACUGGGUCACUUGAGUGUGGUCAGCGACAACGAAAUAACCGCAUUGAAUAUCAAUAGCAAAGAGAGCCUGUGGAUAGACCAUCAUCGUGGCUGGCGAACAGCGGAUACGGACAAAGAUUCGGGACUGAGCGAAUCAAAGCUACUGUCCCACGUGAACAGCAGCCAAUCCAACUACAAUAACUCCGAUGGUGGAACCGAUUAUGCAGAAGUGGACACCCGUAACCUCACCACCUUCUACAACUGUCGCAAGAGCCCCGAUAACCCCACACCAUAUGCCACCACCAUGAUCAUCGGCACCUCUUCCAGUGAGACCUGUACCAAGACAACGUCUAUAAGCGCCGACAAGGACUCGGGCACUCAUUCGCCCUAUUCCGAUGCAUUUGCCGGUCAGGCGCCAGCAGUUCCUGUGGUCAAGUCCAACUAUCUUCAGUAUCCGGUUGAGCCCAUCAACUGGUCAGAGUUCCUACCCCCGCCGCCAGAACACCCCCCUCCGUCGUCUACCUAUGGCUACGCACAAGGAUCUCCCGAAUCUUCGCGGAAGAGCUCCAAAAGCGCAGGAUCGGGCAUUUCUACCAAUCAAAGCAUUCUGAACGCCUCCAUACACAGCAGCUCGUCGGGCGGCUUUUCCGCUUGGGGAGUUUCGCCCCAGUAUGCUGUCGCCUGUCCCCCGGAGAACGUUUAUAGCAAUCCGCUGUCGGCGGUGGCUGGCGGCACCCAGAACCGCUAUCAGAUAACGCCGACCAACCAACAUCCGCCACAAUUGCCGGCCUACUUUGCCACCACGGGCCCGGGAGGAGCUGUGCCACCCAACCACCUGCCAUUUGCCACACAGCGUCAUGCAGCCAGCGAGUACCAGACUGGACUAAAUGCGACGCGCUGUGCCCAGAGCCGCGCGUGCAACAGCUGCGAUGCCUUGGCCACACCCUCGCCCAUGCAACCCCCACCGCCAGUGCCAGUGCCCGUACCCGAGGGCUGGUACCAGCCGGUGCAUCCCAACAGCCACCCGAUGCACCCGACCUCCUCCAACCACCAGAUCUACCAGUGCUCCUCCGAGUGCUCGGAUCACUCGAGGAGCUCGCAGAGUCACAAGCGGCAGCUGCAGCUCGAGGAGCACGGCAGCAGUGCCAAGCAACGCGGAGGACACCACCGUCGACGAGCACCGGCGGUGCAGCCGUGCCUGGAGAGCGAGAACGAGAACAUGCUGGCGGAGUACGAGCAGCGCCAGUACACCAGCGACUGCUGCAAUAGUUCACGCGAGGGCGACACCUGCUCCUGCAGCGAGGGAUCCUGUCUGUACGCCGAGGCGGGCGAACCAGGACCUCGCCAAAUGACUGCUAAGAACACCUAAGGAUGAAGUAUUUGGGACUCCCCAUACAGGGGGGGUUGGAUUAGUAUUAAAGAUAGCAUCUAGUCGUAACUCUUCAUUCAUAUCGAACUGGAAAUCAGUCUAGGAACUGAGUGAACUCAAAGUUUCAGCAUCAGUUAUCGACUAGAAUAAUUGAUGCCGUGAAAUCUUUGGUACUACACUCAGAUACACAAAACCACACUUGUCACAAUCAUGGGGGCAUUGUGCAGCUUUAGCAAUUACGAAUUUCCCAUUAUCACAUCUACCAGCGUAGAGACUCAUAGACAGGCACAAUGCUCCCCCAUCCCCAUCCCCAUCCAUGCACCACAGCAAUGUUUCCCCCAAAACGGAAACGGAAAAGGGGAAACACGAAAACCUUUGUACUUAAGAGACGCGAGUGCUGUACGAUAGAUAUUGCUUGAUGAGCGCGAGGAGUAAUAGUAAUCACUACAUAGCAGGGAUCAGUGUCCCAGCAGAACUUCAUUAAAAUACGUACUCAAAGGAACUUAUAGCAGAUGAUAAACCAGAUCAGGUAUCAGCCAUAGCAAGUACACACAAAUACGGUGCGUGACUCGCGACGAAUGUAUGUAGUUAGAACCAAAGUACACCAAUUGUACAGCAUGUUUUGGGGCUUUCGAAUCGGAAUCGGUCCUAGUCAAUAGGCUUGAUAGCGAUACAAAUACGAUACUGAUACUGAUACAGAUACUGAUACUGAUACUGAUACUUGUAUGCAAACUCUUUCAUAUCUACGAUCACAAUCGAGCACUUGUCUCCGACUCGAACUCGAACUUGUGUAGGCAGUUGAGUGGAGUUUGGGGGCGACAAGUGAAACGGCAGUUGCAAUGUUUAAUGGUUAGUGCUUUUCUAUAACAAGGAAUAAAAUAUACUUCAUUGACCCAGUGAAUAUAUAUAUACAUAUACAUACUAAACGACACAACACACCUACUACUUACACACAUACUAUACAUAGCAUUUAGACGAGUUGAGGAGCUGCACAUGGCCAGCAGAACCAACCCGAGUUGUUGUCCGUUCCGUUGUCCUGUCCCUGUGCAGAUCCCUCCAUGACACAAUGUUUUCUACAAUCUUGCAUUUUGAAAAGUCUAAAAUGUACCUGUGAUAUAACCCCAUUAUACAUUAUAGUAUUUUAAUAAUUUGUAUA